UUGAAAGUCAUACAAUUUUCGAAAUUAAAAACUGUACAAGUGAAUGCACAAAAUUAUCUGAUUAGUAAUUCCUACAAAUUGAUCAUAUCUUUCAGGUGGAAUAAUCGACCCUAUUAUUGGGACUCAAGCUAUUACAAAAGUAAUAAAUAUGGUUCUCAUAUGUGUCAUGUACAUGUCGAUCCUAAUGAUGAAGAUUUGGGUAAAGUGUAUUUUCAAGAUGGUACCAGACCGAAGGAGUUAGUAUGGAGUUGUAAUUAUGAUGAAUAUUGUUGUGGUUAUGAAUGUUGCAACUAA